AUGACUGUUAAAUAUGAUUUUCAACAUAAGAGUACUUUAAUGCAAGAUGAGCUUCAAGCUUUAACUGCUCACCUCUUGCCUAUUUAUAUUUGUAAUGAUGAAAUAGAAGUACUAGUUGAUGAUAAAGCUGAAGCUGAAGCCAAAGAGUCUGGUGAUCCCUCUCUUUUAAAUAUAUAUGAUGAACAUUCAG